AUGGACCGUUUGGGAAAGAUCAUCUUUUAUGAGGACAGGAACUUUCAGGGCCGCUACUAUGAGUGCAGCAGCGACUGCGCUGAGCUAAGCUCCCACUUCAGCCGCUGCAAUUCUAUCCGGGUGGAGAGUGGAGCCUGGGUGCUCUAUGAGAGACCCAACUACAUGGGCUCACAAUAUGUGCUUAGCAGAGGAGAGUACCCAGAGUACCAGCGCUGGAUGGGCUACAAUGACACUGUGCGCUCCUGUCGUCUCAUUCGCCAUACAUCUGGACAGCACCGGAUUCGUCUCUACGAGAGGCCUGAGUUCCUUGGUCAAAUGAUGGAGCUGGGCGACGACAGCCCCUCGCUGCUUGACAGGCUUCGUUUCCAUGAAGUUAACUCCUGCAAGGUGUUGGAUGGUGUCUGGGUCUUUUUUGAACAGCCCAACUACAGAGGGCGCCAGUACCUGAUGGAGAGGGGAGAGUACCGCCGCUUCAGUGAAUGGGGCGCCAUGCACCCCACAGUGGGUUCAGUCCGUCGUGUGCAGGACUAUUGA